AAUAAAUCGUGAAACGGAAUAAGUAGAACAAAAAAGGAAAUAAAGAAUUCGACGUUUGUAUAUUAAUUGUUCAUGCAUCAUUCGUUUCUAAUGAUCGCGUUCACUAGUAAUGAUUGUUUGAGCCUUGAUAUGUUCGUUAUUUAAAGAAAAUUAUCGACGCAUCGUUUCUUUCGCUAUUCGAUCAACCGUUUCGGCCAAGACGCGCAACUAACGCUGGAUAAGAAAGGAAAUCCACAUCAGGAAGAAUGGUUUCGAGAUAUGGCGUCUCGAAGGAGGGCGCAGUGGGUGUAGGACCUAUGCACUGUCUCCUACCACAUUGCGGGGGGCCGCAUCAUCAUCAUCACCUUUCGGCCCCCCAUCCGCAAAAUCCGCAGCCAGGUCACAAUCACCACGUGCAUCCGGCUCAUCAGCCACCACCCUCGCCAAGUCCCCACUUGAAUCAUCAGCUGAGCCAUCAUCAACUGACCGUCAAUAUUAAUCAUUUGAGUCAUCAGCAACAACAACAGACCCAGCAUCAACAAGCACCGCCUCAAUAUCGAGUGGUCACUGCAAAUACCAGAUCAGACUUUCAUGUGUCUGGACAAAAUUACGGCACCCAACCAGGGGGCCAGGUGGGUGGGGGAGGGGGUAGCGUAGGAGUACCUGGGGGCAGGGGACCUCCACCGCUCGGUGGCUUACAGUCCAUAGGACAAUCGGCGGCAGGUAUACCGCCAGGAGGUCCUGCUGGAGGGCAAGCACCACCUCAAACCCCGGCACCCGGGGUGCAAUCACAACAGCCGCAAGGUCCGGCACCAACUACGACACCCCCCGUGCAUACCCCUUCGCCACAGGAAAUGGGAAAACAGGCCCAUUUACAACCUCAACCACAACCUCUCUCACAGGUGUAUGGGCCGACACAAACAAGGCCAACUUCACAAGGUUAUUAUCAACAAGGUGCAAGACCACAACAACCAAGAGGUAUUAGUCACAGGGGGGGUCAAGGAGGUACCGGUGCACAGGUGGUUGGAAUGUCAGGAGUUGGUGGUGGUGGAGGCCAACCAACAGCGAUAUUCCAUCCUGGUGGUUUGCCGGUUCAAACUGGGACAAUGUAUCAAGUCCCGAAUCUUCAUCCUGGGCCACAUCAGCAGUCCGUAUAUCCCAUGAACAGUCAAAUACCCCUUCAGGUACUAUUUGGUGGCGGUCCACAUCAGAGGCAUCAGGCACAUCAAAAUCAGUCAUAUUUCACACCAUUUCAAAAUUCAGCCAUUCUAACGGCACAACAUAUGUUUGGAUAUGGUGCACCCGCACCAACCCAUCAACCUUAUUAUUGGACCCAUGGGCAACCAGCGAACACACCUCUAAGUUUAAGUAGGACAGGUGCAAGUGCUGUCACUGGAGGGGCACAACAUGUUACAGGCCCGCUGGCCGGUGCCCAAGGAGCCCCAGUUGUACCGCAAGGUACACUUCAGCAACCUACACAACAGGCUCAACCUUUACCUUCGAUGGGUAUAUCUCUUUCUCAGACUGAUGUGUACUCAGGCCAUAAUGGUGGUGCAACAAAUACGACGAAUAGUACGAUAAAAUCGCGGAAACCAAGAGGACAAAAUGCUAUAACGGAUAUUGUGGAUCCAUCAACUGGUAAAAAUAUUAGUGACGAAAUUUACAAGGAUAACGAAACUAUUCAGAGUGGUGAAUCUAGCAAUCGUGAAACACCUCAGCCACAGAACAAUGACCCUGAGGUGCAAGCCGACUUUGCGGCGCGGGUUGCAAAAACACUAGUGAAAGUCACGACCGAAGAGUCCAAUUCAGACUCGACGGUACCGACUAGUAGUCUACCAAACACAACCACGAUACCGAACGUAACGCAAAAUUUACCGAGUUCUCAAACGAGUUCUACUAACGAUGCGAACAGUCAGUGUAGUACCAGUUCACCAACGCAAAAUAUACCUACCGUAACCGCGUCGUUGUGUAGUCACUCAUCGUUAAGCACCGUUAGUAACGUGCCUCAAAUAGACUCUAGUGCGGUGAAAACGGAGUCUAAACCGCUACAAAUUCCGGUGAAGGAAUUUCAACCACGAGGCGAAAUAAAAAGUGUGGUUAUUGAGGAACCACCGCCAGCUGCACCACGUAAUGUAAACAAGGAUGAUAUUUCUGCGCAGCUAUCCGCGAUGACUGUAACUGAAGUAGAGGUGAAGAGUACGAGUGCCUCGCCUACUAUCUCACAGACGUCAGUUCCCUUAACGACCGCACCAAGUACGAACGUUGCGGAGGUCCCUAAACCGUCCGCCACUGCCCCAAGUGCUAACCCCGUUCCUGCCAGAGAACCGUUCCCUAAUUUAUCCAAUAAGAAUUUAUCGAGUUCACCACCUAGAAGAAAAUCUCAGUCACACACUCACAAUCAACCCGCUGCUGCGACGGAGCUGCAUUCGAGUGCCAAAGAGCAAAAGGAAAAGAAAACAAGGGAGAAGAGUCUCAGUUCUAGAGGCGCUACUCCAACGCCUACUCACAAUCAGACUGACCAUCAUCCAAAGGCCAAUGGAGAUGCAACUGGCGACAAACCAGAACCUGAACCCCCUCGAAACGAACUUCAGCAACAGAAAUCAUCUGAUGGUAAAGCCAUGCAGAAGCAAAAGAGCAAAAACAAACUCAAGCCCCGCGAUCUUAACCGUAAGGGAGCAGAGAAAGAAGGCACAGAUAUGGAUGCUUUCGUGAACACAGUACCGCCGGCGAAAACUGAGACAAAACAAGAAAGUAAAGAGUCUUUAGGGGCGAAGGACAGCAACAAGGAAGCAAGCCGGGAGAUAACGAAAGAUGCCAAGGAAAAUGAUAACUAUGAAUCAAAAAAGGAGAAGGAUAUCACUUCCGCUACUGCGAAGACAGAAAAACAUAUGACUCCUCAGACACCUGAAAUUCUGAAAGAGAGCAGCCCACCCGUGCAACCGCCUAUCAUAGAAAAACUGCCAAGUAACAAGGAAAUUGUAAAGGAACCCUCUCCCAAAAUAGAAGAUAACAAUAAAACAAAUGUCUGUAAUAUACAAGCGAAACCAGUUCCUACCGACGUUGUCGAUCAUGCAAAAAUGAAAGAUGAGUCUGACGUGGAAGCAAUAGUAGCACAAAAGAAUGAGGAAAAUUCGAAGGUCUCGGCAAUUCGAAUGCCUAGCGAAGAGAAACUAGUAGGGCCUCCGGUGAUAGAAAAAUCUGUUGAAAUCGAGCCAUCAGCUCCAACGGAGGGACCUGUAACAAAUCAGAUAACCCUGAAAUACAAAUACAGGGAUGAUCAAUGGAGUCCCAUAAAUAAAAGUGGUAAAAAGGUUUACGAUCGCGAGUUCUUAAUGACCUUACAGGAUGAUCCAAAUAGCAAAAUCAAACCUUCGAAUUUGCCAGAUUUGGAUGUUGUUUUGAAAGAUGGUCCGAAGGCACGCCCCGUUGUUGACCUUAGAUCAUUUAGAGAUAUAAACGUAAGCAGACACGAUGCCCUAUUUCCUGGAUUUAUAAAACCAACUGUAAAUACACGAACGUUAAGAUCGACGAAUCGUAAGAGCAGUUCAGGACAAUCGUCUAAGCCAGCGAAACCAAAUGUUAUUCACCUGUCAUUAUCCUUGAAAGAAGAUGUAAAAUUAAGAGAAACUGAAAAUGCAUGGAAACCGAUGAGACUAAAAGCAGCUGCUCUCACUGAAGAGGAAACAAAGACAGAGCUUCUUUAUAAGAGAGUUAGGAGUGUAUUGAAUAAACUCACACCCCAGAAAUUUAAUACUUUAAUUGACCAAGUGCGUGCAUUAAAUGUUGAUACCCCGGAGCGUUUGCAAGGUGUUAUCAAUUUAGUAUUUGAAAAGGCUGUCGACGAACCAAAUUUCUCUGUAGCAUAUGCAUUGAUGUGUAAAGAACUCUCUACGAUGCAGGUCUCGGGAGGAGACAAAAGUUCUUCAGACACCCAAGAAUGUUCGUACACUUUCAGAAAGCUUAUAGUUGGCCGUUGCCAAGCCGAAUACGAACGAAAUUCAAUAACUGAAGAGGCAAGAAGUAUUCGGCUUAAAGAAAUUGAUGAAUCCACAGAUCCUGAAAAGAAAAAAGAGUUACAGGUAGCAUUAGAAGAUGAGGAACGUCGACUACGUAUAAAAUCAUUAGGAAAUAUGCGGUUUAUCGGUGAACUGUAUAAACAAGAUAUGAUACCUACUAAAAUUAUGCAUACAUGCAUACAACAAUUGCUACAUCAAAAUGAUGAAGACAGUCUUGAGGGCUUGUGCAAGUUGUUAGCAACAAUUGGAAACAAAUUGGAAUUGAAAUCCGAAGAGGAAAUACAAGAGUAUAUCAGUAAAAUGCACGAUAUUGUUGCACGGCGAGGGCCGGGAAAAAUUAGUUCUAGAAUUCGUUUUAUGCUGCAAGAUAUCAUAGAUUUAAGAGCGAGAAAAUGGGUUCCAAGAAGGAUCGAUAGUACCCCUAAAACAAUAGAUCAAAUUCAGAAGGAUGCAGAGUCAGAAAGAUUAGAUAGCCAAUUGAAUAAUACUCCUUUGAAUACACCUCGAAAAGAUGAUCGUCCUGGUGAUAGGAAAAGAAAUCGUGGUGUUGGUUUAAUUGAUGAUAGUGGUUGGAGUCCAGUUGUAAGAACAAGACAACCAUAUACUGUUGAAACAGCAAAACUUAAAAAUAAACCACCUCCAAUGGAUGAUCUGCAAUUAGGUAGCAGAAAUAUGUACAUGUGGAAAACGCCUACGAAUUGUGGUUCAAAGGCAGUAUAUUCAAACAAAUUUGCAUGCUUACAAAAUAUGCCCAUUUUAGAUCAAGAUAAACAAAUAAUGUCUCCCCAACUUUCUGGAUCGAGAUCUACUGGUCCUAGAGAGUAUGGUCGUGACUACAAACCUUCCUAUGAUGGUAGGAGUUCACGUAAUGGUAGUCAUCAAUUAAGCAGUUCAUCGUCGAUUAGAGACAGCUCGUUAUUAGAUAGUUCACAGAGUCAAAGCAGUUCUAUGCCAUCAUCGUUAAAAUCCUCACAAUCUACCUCUAGUAGCCGCAAACCUCCGAUGUCGGAAGAGGAAUUUAUGAAAACGUUGAAUAAGAUACUAACAGAGUAUCUCAAAAAUCCUAUUACGGAAAGUGCUGGGCUGGCUAUUCAACAGAACUUUGAUAAUGCUUUAUCGAAAUUCAUACGUGAAUUGAUCAACUUCGUUCUCGAAAAAUCGCCUGUUGAUAGAGAACGUGUCUCGUAUCUGAUAUCGCAUUUAAUCACACAGAAAAUUCUGCCUUUACAACAGCUUAGAAGUGGAUUCAUAGAGAUAUUGGAUUUAGUCGAUGAUUUAAUAUUGGAUAUACCCAAAGUUUGGUUGUAUUUGGCAGAAAUAUUAUCGUAUCCAAUAAAGGAUGAACUAGUCCCGCUACAAGAAUUAAAAGCUUUAUUUGAUAAUUUGAGAAGUCGAGGAUAUGUUGGCAAAUUUGUUGGGGAAUUGCUAUCACAACUAUCCCGAGAUAAAGGACCCAAAUGGGUUGCAGAUAAAUGGGACCAAAGUGGACUUCAGUUGAGCAAUAUAGUUGAUACGAAGCUUGAAGAAGUUGACAAAAUUGUUAAAGACUAUAAAUUGGAUUUCUGCACUGGUGAUUAUAAUAGUGCCAAAGGUUCAUCUAGCAAUCAGCCCACAUUACAGCAAAUUCACAAUGAACUUAGAAGACUCACGAAAGAAAGUAGUUUCGAUGAGAUUUGUAAUUGGUUAAUUGUAAAUGUAGGUAACCGAGUCAAGGAGCCUGAAUUUAUUCGAGUAUUAACAACUGCCAUUUUAGAGACGUCCAUGGAACAAGUAAAUAACAGAUGGUGUUUGAAAACUGAACUGUUUACUAAUUUGCAACAACUGAUCCGCCGGUUCGUUGAUGCAAAUGAGUCUUUAGAAUUGCAGUGUCUUUAUGCAAUUCAAUUUCAUUUGCACAAACUACAAUAUCCACCCGGGAUUCUCUUUAAUAUUAUGACAAGCUUGUCUGAUUACAACAUAAUUUCGAGCGACGCGUUCCUGACGUGGAAAGAGAGUGCCGAACCAGCCCAACGCGAGUGGCAUGGUGUCGCGACGAUGGCGCUAACAUCGUUUUUCACUGGCUUACAAGAAGCGGACGAUGCUUCCAGUGUAGAAGACGUAUCAACCGGCGUGAAUCAAGAUCGUUGUUGACGAUACCGUGAUCGAGUACAUUAUCGUCUGUUGAAAAGACUAAAAUAUAUGUUCCCUCGUUAACAUGAUACGCGAAGUGAGAUCAAAUUGCAGUUUCUUUUUUUUUUUUUUAAAGAAAAACGUCAUACAUUGAGGAAAAACAAUGGAGUGAUAAGUAGUGCGUGGGUGUAUGUAAUAUAGUCUAAAACUUCGAAGAACAAGAAGUGAAAGAUAAUAAAGGAGGAGGUUGUCAUAAAAAACGGACACACAAUGGCUGAGACCACUAUACAUAAUGAAGAUAAAGAUUAAUUAUUAAUUAUGAUACAAAAGUAAAUGCAAGAUAAUUAUUAUAUAUAAUUCAUUGAAAUGGUUUAAAGUUUAAAUAAAGCAAAAAAAACAACUCGAGAACAAUAUCGUAUUUCUUAUGUGUCUUGUGAAAGACGCGUCACUGCAGCUUGUGAAUAUCGCCCGAAUAGAACGGAAACUUCUGAUUUUUCUUUUACGCUUGUAUAUCGGAAGAUCGAGAAGGCUACAUUGAAUGUUUCCACCAUGCGAGAUGUACGUGAAACGACCGGAAGCGUUUGCUGUAUGGCUUAGAUAAAACAAAUUGCAGAUUGCAGGUGUGUAUAAGUAGGUCAAUUUUAAGUAAAUUAAAUCUCAAAAAAAUAAGCAGACGGAAACUAUUGAUAACCAAGUCUGAUAAAAGGGCGAUGGUUCUUCCUAUUAUUAUAAACAGGAUUACUAAUUUAUAUCUUUGCGAACUUACGAUGUAUUCUACUGUAAGAAAGAUAAGGAAACACGUUCGUAAACUAAGAAAAGAAAGAAUGAGAGUGAAAAGUGUAACAUUACGAAACAUUGGGUUCGUAAUGUAGAAUAUGUUGAAACUAGGAAACUGAAGGAUACAAAUGGUGUGCAUAUUAAGGCGCUACUAUUUUUUAACACUAGUUAUUUAUAAUCAUUGAGAGAACAGAUUAUAGUGCGUGAGAUGGAAUGUCUGCAUGUAAUUCAGGUGGCAGGUGCCGUAGCAA